GGUCAGCGGUGACGGUUGAUGACGGUGUGAGGUGUUCGGAUUGACCUGGUCGUUGAGUGAAUUGUUUGCUGAGCCUAGACCAACAAGUCCAGAACACCAGCUUCGGCCAUGUGAGCCUUGGAUGUUUUGCUCAGUUAUUUUCGUAAAGGAGAAAUUAAAAGAAGAAUGAAUGCGCUUUUGUUAAAACUCUUUCGUGUUCUCAGGACAUCCCAUGCGUGCCAACGAACUUCUUUUGAAGAGUAAUCUGGUUUCAAACACGGGCUGCCAGUUUGCAAACAGCGACGUAGUGGUAGAGGUGAUGGCAUACAAUGAGGAUGAAUGGCUUUCUCUUCGGCCCCAAGAGCCCCUGCCCUCCCAGUGUUGUGGUAGUGGAUGUAAACCAUGUGUAUUUGAUAUUUAUGAGCGGGAACUCAACCAAUGGAAACAGGCAAAAGCAAAAGGAGAUCAAAGUUUUUUGAGUCAGAGCUCUGAGCCAACUCACAAUGACUUGCAGUUAAUUGGAACUGAGAAAUGGAGUGCUUUUCAGAUAGAGUCUGUGGAGCAGCAGACAGCUGACGCUUAUCUGUAUAGAUUCCAACUGCCCAGUGGCUGCUGUCUUGGGUUGACUGUAGGACAGUACAUUGUAGCCAGGGGAACUAUCAAUGGUAUGGAAGUUCAGAGAGCGUACACUCCAGUGAACUCUGUGGAUGCAGAAGGUUACUUUGAGGUUCUCAUAAAGAUUUAUGAAGACGGAUUAAUGUCUCAGUAUGUGAAGACUUGGAAGGAGUGGGAUAGUGUGUGCUGGCGGGGCCCUUUUGGAGGUUUCCCAUACAAACCAAAUCAGUAUGAGCAGCUGCUGCUAUUUGCCUCUGGAACUGGUAUAGCUCCAAUGAUAUCUUUGAUCCAAUAUAUUGUAGCAAAUGAAGAAGAUGAAACUUUUGUUACUUUGGUGGGCUGCUUCAGGACUUUCCAAGAUAUCUAUAUGAAGCCUCGACUUCAGGAACUGGCAGCUUAUUGGAAUGUAAAAAUAUUGUUUGUUCUGAGUCAGGAGCAUGAUCUGGAAACUCUUCCCUGGAGUUAUCAAGAAAAAUCUUACUAUGGACGUGUAAAUGAAGAUAUGGUAAAGGACUUCGUUAAUUUAUGCAGACGAAAACCAUUUGUUGUGGUUUGUGGGGCCAUAGGUUUUAACAAAGACAUCCUCAACUACCUCAAUCGUAUGGGCAUCACGGAAGAUUUGCAGUUUAUGUUUUAGACAAUUAGUAACUUAGUACCUACUGGCAUAAAAACUUACUACUUUUUUUAAUACACAACAACCUCAAACAUUGUUGGAAGAAUGCACACUAAAGAUUAGUCUGUGACUAAAUUAAUUAUUGCUGAAUCCUAAAAUUGGAAGAGGAGCCUGUGUAUUAACCACUGCAAAACAAAGCUGCUGAAUGAGGAUUCAGAAGAUUUCUCAAUCAAAAUCCAUCCAUUUCAGUGGAUGUUACAGGAUGUUAAUCACAAGGAGGAGUGACAGUUACCUGCAAGAUUUUUUUCCCUUCACAUCACUAUGAAGUUAUCUGAAGCACGUACAUCACUGUUCCAUUUCAUAUCAGCUAAUUCACCAUAGACUAUAGAAAUCAAACCUGGACCUACUGUGCCUGUGCAACUUUGACACUGCUUUCGUGCAAUUAAACAGGUUUGAUCCUUUUUUACUGUUGAAAUACAAUAAUGCUGUUGAAAUUGUUGCAUUGGCUUACUGCAUUUUUUAAAUAUCUGUUGUAUGAGACCUCUGAAAGGAGUUGCAGUUGUUACAGAAGGAGAAGAGAGAUUGUAUAUUGUGGAAGCUUGCUUGAAUCACUGUGACAUGUGAUCAUGAAACAGGGACAUGGUGCUUUAGUGAUAAAUAGGAAAUCUUUACAAGCAUGGAGUUUUAAACUGUUUCCAGUGAUAAGUCAGGGUUUUUGUUCAGAGGUAAUGUAUUUCAUUGAAAUAAAUUUCUAAAUUUAUAAGCUUUUAAAUUAUCUUCUAAAAUUCUUUCAUUGUUCUGUUCAAUGUAUACUUUUUUCCACCAUUGAAGGUAAGGAUGUCAUUACUGAAAAAUAGGAUUUUCUUCUCUUAUUUUGCAGUUGUUGUUUAUCGCUUCCAGGGUAAGGCAAGAUCUCCAUGCUGCCAGAACAGUUUGGAGAAGUGUGCGAAAGUGGCAAUUGCAUUUCUCAAUAAUUAUUUUGUUUUCUGAGUGUUCAAGCCCAUUCAUGCCAAUUUAUGGUCACUUAAUGCUGUGAACAUGUGCCAGUAUGAAACUUAGUUCAAAAUUAUAUAACUGCUUAAGGGUCAUUGUAAAGUGUUUCUGUUACACCCAUCGUCUCCAGCUCCAAUCUCAAUGUCCUCAG